GGGAAGGGGGGUGCGGGUGAUCGUGGAGCCGACUAUACUUAGGCAGGAUUUUAUUUAUCCUGCCCACUCUGGAACUGCUAUAGUAUCAGCUGAGACCCCAGCCUCCGUCCCUCUGGUUCCAGCUGUGUUCCAGGCUCCAGGCCCCAAGGCAUCGGCUCCACGCUGUGCCCCGAGAAUUAUUCAGCCUUCUACAAAUUCACCCCCAAUCUCCACAAGUCACUCCCUUUCCUUCCAGUCUCCCCCAGGGACAAUGCUGCCCGCCCUGAUGAUUACACUUAGCUGCCUGGGCUUCAGCUCCCUGACACAGGCCCACCUUGUCCCCACUGUGCCUUUGGGCCCAGCUCCCGAUGCCUUUGAUGAUGCUUACUUGGACUGUGUGGAGGAGAUGGAGGAGGAGGUCCCCCACCUGCUCCAGGAGGAGAUGGCUCAGCACUCCCUCCUCCGGGAGUCCUGGGGAGCUGCCACAGCUGCCUGGGAGAGCCAGAGAAGGGGGCUCACGCUGCCCCUGGGCUUCCGAACCCAGCACGCUGUGGCCGUCAUGGUCUACACCAAUUCAUCCAACCCUCUGUACCGGGAGCUGAACUCCGCCGUGAGGACCGCGGGCAGCUCUCGGGAGGACUACAUGGAGCACUUCCCCUUCAAGGCCCUACAUUUCUACCUGAUGCGGGCCCUGCAGCUGCUGAGAGCUCCGGAGAGCUGCCAGGAGGGCCCUGGGCAGGAGGUGUUCCGAGGGGUGAGCAGCCUCCGCUUCCAGCCUACGCAGCUGGGAGAUGUCAUUCGCCUUGGCCAGUUCACCUCCACCUCUGAGGAGAAAGGGGUGGCCCAGGGAUUUGGAAACUCCACCUUCUUCACCAUGAACACUUGUUUUGGAGUUCCUAUACAAGCCCUUUCAGUCUUCCCAGAGGAGCGAGAGGUUCUCCUUCCGCCUCAUGAGGUUUUCCUGGUGUCUGACUUCUCUCAGGAUGGGACCCGAAACCUAGUGACCAUCAGGAGCCUCAAUCGGACCUGCAGCCAUUUCAACUGUGCCUACCUGGGCGGAGAGAAGAAGGAGGACUGUGAAUCUAAUGCAGGACAAAGUUGGGAUGCUCUCCCCCCAGGAUCUUGGCUUGAGCUGAUGCCAAGGACUCUGCUCCUGCCUCCUGGAGCCUUCCAACUCUCAGGCCCAGUGCCCUGACCCUCCAGCCCCGGGCUGGGAAGUUGUAGGGACCUCUGGGUCCCCUGUUGUGUAAGCCCUGCCAGGUUGAGACAGCCUGGAGAAGAAAGCAGAGGAAAAAGAAGAUAAGGAUGAUGAUGAUGAAGGUGUUUGGGAGUGUCUGUGAAUAGUGUCCUGGGAUCAGGGCAGGGACCGCAGGCCCCACAGACCAGGCGGAGGGGAAGCUGCAGUAGGUGAGGUCACUCCACUUUGUGGUUGUUGCCAUAGCCAUCUCUCAAUAAAAGACCUUGCAAAA